UUUAAGCGCUUUGCUCUCUUUUUCACUCAGUAUGCAGUCCCCAGUGCGUCUGAAUGAAAAUGCAAGCCCCGAUGUCCUGAUUCAAAUGAAGUACGCUUAUGUGGCUUUGGUGGCGUUGUGGGUUUAUGACUAUGUCACGACAUUGGAUGAAGAGCUGUCAUUUGUUACGAAAUCGAGCUGGAGAAUAGUCAAAUACCUCUAUCUCCUCUGUCGAUAUCUGCCUUUCGUUUAUCUAGGCGUAGUUCUGAUCCGAACCCUGGAAACCUAUCCAUCGCUCAGCAUGUGCCAAACAUACUAUUCGCUGAAUUCAUAUCUCGGUAGUGUCAUAGUUUUUGCAGCAGAAAGCAUAUUUUUUGUGCGAACGUACGCCAUUUGGGACCGUUCCAAACGGAUAUUGUGGGCCUUCAUCGGCAGUGUUGUUUUUAUCCUGACACCAAUAAUUGCCAUUCUCGUGAAGUACAAUUCCUCAACAACCGUUACCAGUUCGAUCGCCAUUGGGAUUUCGGGGUGCUCCAAAAUAGGUGAAACUACUGCUAUACUUUUUGUGUACGUUCUCUUGGUCGUCGCCGAGUUAGAAAUCUUGUGUUUGACAUUGUACCGCGCCAUCUCUAACUACCAACACGAACGGGGAAGUAGUAACGUGCUUGGAGUUCUUGUGGAGCAUAAUAUAUUCUACUUUGUGUGUGGGGUUGUAUCUUCUGCUGUGCUCAUAGUUGCCAUUGCUAUCUUCCCUGCAUCAUACUCUGAUUUAGCGUCCAGCAUUCAAAUUACCGCCCAUGCUAUGCUGGUCACGAGAAUGCACCAAGCGCUAUGGAGAUACAACGAAGACUAUGCCCAUCCGGAUGAAUUUUCCCUGACGACGUUCAGCGCUGCUUCACCAUCGCGGACUCUAUGAAGUUCGGUAUGAGUCGCACAAACCCUUUGGGUUUUACCCACAUGUAAAGCGGGAUCGCACUCCUACGAACGUGACAUAUGAUUACUUUCGCCACAUCCCAUGCAGCCAUUAUGCAUGCUGACACGGGAUAACACUCGGAUGGGAAUGGACGUACAAUGUCGUGUUUUACGACUGCCAUACAUAGUCACAGGCGUGGAAGACC